UCGAGGGUUUAUUUAUUAAUGGCAAAGCGUCUGCGCAUCCUCUACGCGCAUCCCGGAAGUUUUUGAACGACGCAGUUGUGCAGAAGUUGUGGAUAAAUCUGCUUUUCUAAGUUUCAGGUGUUCCUCCACCUCAGGUUAUAACUCGGUGCUGUGUGCAGCCGCAUUCAGUCCCUCCUGCUGAACUCAUGUCCGGGUUCGACCUGGUUCCGGUGGACGGCUCCGGGGAUCCAGUCCACCUGCCGCCCGGGGACACGGUCUUGGGCCGGGGUCCCUUCCUGGGAGUCAGUGAUAAGAGAGUGUCCAGACACCACGGGCUGCUGCAGAACCUGAACGGACAGCUCAGUCUCAAACCGACCCACGCGAACCCGUGUUUCGUCCAGUCGUCUCUGGCCGACGACCCCCGCCCUCUGCAGAGAGACUCCUGGCACCUCCUCCGUCAUGGAGAUUUCUUCUCUCUGCUGCCCGGUCAGUUAAUCUACAAGGUGGUGGCCGUGGGCGGAGAGGAGCGUCCUCCCAGAGACGACCCGACGUCUGAACAGGAGGCGCGACUUCGUGUUUCUCCGGAGCCGGACGUGGACUCGCCUCCUGCAGUUGGACGGGAUCUGAAGAAGACUCCAACGUCACCGUCAGACGAGGAGGAAGAAGACGAGAGUUUGAAACAGGACGAUCAGAUUAAUGUCGCUUCAUCUUUACCAAGAAGAGUUUUACCUGCCUGGAUGCUGGCGUCUACAGCAACGCCAAAGAGUCCGUCCUCCGCCUCAAAAGUUCAGUCAUCUGUGAAGAGGAGGAAAGAAGCUGCAGCACCGUCAACCACCAGCACUAAGGCCACGCCCAUAACUAGCACCGCCAACCAGGGGGCGGGGCCUAAUGAGGAAGAGGAGGAGGAGCAGGAAGAGGAGAAGAGGCCGAGGAAGAAGAGGAGGAGAAUAAGUGAUGAUGAAGAAGAAGAAACUCAGACCAGAGCAGACGUGUCUCCAGAGGACGUCACAGGCGGUGAACUCAGGUCCGAUGCUAGCGAAGAAAAAGUAAACGUCGCUACGUCUGAAAUAAAGAAGAAGGAGGACAAGACGUCCAAAAACAAACAAACAAACGAUUCUGGGUCCAAACGUGGAGUCAGGACGCCGUGUCCAUUUGGGAAGGACUGCUACAGGAAGAACCCGAUUCACUUCCAGGAGUGUAGUCACCCCGGAGACAGUGACUACGAGGAGGAGGAGGAGGAGGUGGAGGAUGAGGAUGACGACCGACCUGAGUGUCCCUACGGCACCGACUGCUACAGGAAAAACCCUCUCCACAGGAAGGAAUACAAACACACGAAGAAACCAGCUCGCAGCACCCGCGCCGUCGCCACAAAGAACGAAGACGACGGCGAAGACUCUGAGGACGACGACAGUUUCAUCAACGACGACAGCGAAGACGUGGGCGACGACUCGGACUACGUCCCACCGGACGACGACGACAGCGGCAAGGAGGACGUCAAGAGGCUGCAGAGGGAAGCGAAGGUCUUUCUGAAGAGGAAGAAGUAGAAUGUUUUGUUUUUUUUAACAUCAUGACAGAAUAAGCCUAGUUUUACCAGGUGGUUUUAUCAGGGGUUUCAACUAUUAAGAAAGUUUGAGCUUCCAGAAAAGCUUUACAGGACCUAUUCCCUGGUCCUCUCAUCAAGAUCUUUUUUUAUUUUAUUUUUUAAAUUUUUUUUGCAGCUACCAGGCGUCUCCACAACGACUCUCUUGUACCUUUUUUAUGAGUGAGUUUAGUUUUCUGGGAGGAAACCACUACAAAACUGAAUGUGAAUCCAUUAGUCCAGACCGUAGCGGGAAAAAACCCUUUUGUUGUAAGUUUCCACUUCAUUCUGCUCUUGUAAAUAUUUUUCUAUGUCUUUUAAAUACGUCCAAUGAAAACAAA